CAGAGUAAAAAAUACCAGUUUUAGCCAAGCAAUUUCAUUAGCAGUUCUUCAUAGGAUAUAUGUGAUGGCAGUCCUUUAUUGUCAAAUUGGAACAGAUAGAUGUCUACCAGUUUUGUUAUCUAUUAAGAGAGUUUUGAGAAAAGAAGAGGUAAAGGUCCUAGUCCAUGCAAUUAGAGAACAAUACUGCUCCUCUGGAUAUGGAUCAUCACAAGAUUUGUCUGACUGCGAGGCUGUAACAGCUAAUGACACCUUUAACAUCACUGAUAGGGAACAUGUAAGACCCACAUCCAGGCCAACAAAUAGCCUUCUCAACACAAAGAUGGGACAUGUCACAACCUCAGACUCAAUGAGUUUCAGGAACACACAGACCCUGACUGAGCAUCUGAGAACAAUCUCAUAUAUACCACAACUAUGUGAUGUCAUCUUUGAAGUUGGACCAGAAAAGGUUAAAAUUCAUGGUGUCAAGGCCAUUCUUGGAACAAGAAGCAGAGUACUGUACAACUUGAUACUGAAGAAACAAAAAGAGGAAGAAUUCAAAGGAAAAGCUCUUAAGAAGGACAAAAAGAAGAAAAAAUCCAGUAUUUUUCAAAAUGAUGUGCUAAUCACAGUCCAGAAAUACCAUCCAGAAGAUUUCAGGAAAAUCAUUGAGUUUAUACACUGUGGAUCUGUUGACAUCAACUCCAGCUGUCUUGGAGGACUUUUAUGUGGUGCAUCGCAGUUUGGCCUUGGUGACCUUCAGGAAGCAUGCUGGGAUUUUAUUAAUUAUUGUGUGAAAAAUGGAACUAUUCUUAGUUUGCUACCAUCUGCCAAGAGAUACUGUAACUUCAAACUUGGUCAAAUUUUGAUAGAAAAGGUAAGUUUCCUAUCAAUCGAUUACUUCACAUACAGAAAGGUUAAAUUUGGUACUCCCUUCAGUAAAUUUUAUGAUAUAUAUAAAUGCACAUUUCUUUUCUAUAAUUUCCACAUAUCUUUUUAAAAAUAAAAUGACUUUCAAAACCUGUCUGAUUCAUUUACGGCAUACUUAGUUAAUGCAGUAGUAAACUUUCUUGUCAGUGGUUGUAUUUUGUUUUCUCUCUAUUCUAAUGUUAUUUGGUCAAUAUGCAAUAGGCUGCAUUUUUUUU